UUUUCUCUCGGCGAACGCAACGCACCGAAAUCCCGUUUCACCAGUCGUGACAAGCAAAUCCACGUCUCAAGGAUCUCCCUUGCAGCGAAGCAUCUCAACACCAGACCCAAAAGCGAGACCUUGUGGACUGUUCAGAAAGCCACCAGAGCACAUCCAUUCAUCCGUUCAUCCAUUCAAAGCCGACAUUGUGAGCCAUGGCCCGUAUCAAGUCAGACGGCAGCAUCGUCCAUGGGACGACCCUUUCUGAGAAAGCCAGGAACCCGGCACAGGCGAUUGGUGACCAAUUCUUCAAUCUCCCUUCACAUUGGCAAGCCCUGCUCGUGGCAGUGAUUGUCUUUGGCGUCCGUCAUUUUCUCAAUCCCAAUCCAUUCGCCGACGGAAAGAUCCCAGCAGCCUCUCUCCAGCCCCAAGAGCACUGGAAACGGAUCGCCAAUGACGAUAGCUUUGUCCGGUCCAUGACGGAGCACCUUGGCUCGACGACACACCGAGAGGGGCACAAAAAGUUCAUGACAAAUGUCAAAAACGGAGACCGCAUCAAAGACGAUGUGGACAUUAUGUUGCAGCGUCUUGACUUUGGCGGACCCGAUGGUCAUGUCGCGGAACGAGGUGACUGGUCCGAUAUCAAAUACGUUCAAGGAACCCGCUGUUCCACCACUCGAUCCGCCCUGACGGCCUACUUCUGUGGGGCCGCUGUGGCUGAGAAUCAAGACAAGGCUUUGGAACCCUUUCAGCGCAAACAUGCUAAUUUUGGAGUCCAACAAUUUGCUGAUUUCCUCUCCUGUCGCCACAAACAGGGCCAAACGCGCCGGAGCCACCGUCGAUCGGUCUAUCGCAUUGGCAUUGGAUGCAAGGAUAUCCGCGCUGGGUAUUCGCACGCCUUUAGCAUCGUUGCCCAACCAGACGGCACCUUCUAUUGGUUGCAGUCUUUCAUUGGGCAUUACUCUCUCCCUCAGUGGAUGAACCAAAUGACGGCAGCGGGGCCUCACACGGCGCAUCUCACUUUGGAGGAAAUGUUGGCCAAACUAGAGCGAGUGGAACGCCUCAUGAACAUUCAGGGUUGGACGGCGGAUGCCAAUCAAGCUUACUACGAGCUCUUUGGUGUGGACAAAGAAAAAGAGGCCCUGCAACGAAACAAGUCGCCUGUCAGGGAUGCUUGGAAACCCAGUCAUCGGCUUCAAUACUUUUCCUGGGAUGAAGCAUGUGAGUACCCCGAGCCACCAUUGGAAGGAGGAGGAGAAAGAGAAGGAGAAGCAUCUCCAGAACCGUUGACGGGCGCCGACGACAAGGAAGAGACGAGCAGCAGCAGCAUCAGCACAACGCCCAAAGGACGCGGCAAAGAUUUAGGAUACGCGGAUCAAUGCAUCUACGAGAACCUCCUCCAACAGCUCCAACUCCACGGCGCCGCGAGCGGCCCUGGUCGCCAAGCAUCCAAGCAAGAGAUGCCAAAGUUGCUGGACUAGCUACCGGCAUCGAUUGGCAGUGGAGUUGUGGUUCUUGUCCCGUCUUCUAUUCCGGCGUCAUCGUCGGGGUCGUCACCCAAGCUGGACCAGGAACUUUUGAAAAAGGAGUGUCUAAUGAAUUAUCUUUGUAUGUAUGUCUCGAGCUAAAUGUAAAAUGUGUUGUUGCUGCCAACCAAAAUCAGUGGCGCCCCUUUGCUGAGUGUUCUUCCAAACUUCAAAACCCAA